AUGGCGAUUCUGGCACCGUCUCCCACGCCAGACCAGCUUCAGGCAGCGCUUCAGAGUCUUCUGGAUGGACCUGCGGGCAUACCGCCUACUGGAGUAAUACCCAAUUUCGAUAAUCCACCAAACAAAGAUAUCUACCUCUAUGUAACUGCCACUCUAACCAUAUGGUUCGCAACCUGUGCCGUCAUCAUACGCAUCUACACCAAGCAUUUCUUACUCCGAUCCAUGGGAUAUGAAGACUAUACUUCAGUUAUAGCAUGGAUCAGCUUCAUUGGUUUCGCCGUUCCGUCUUUCCUGUGUUCAAAGAGUGGCGCUGGCACUCACAUGUGGGAUAUACGACUCAAAUCCUUUUUCCGUGUACUCUACUGGGUCAACAUCACUGCAAUCACUUAUGCGAUUACAAUGUCUUUGGAGAGGAAGAUUAUGACAAUGGGAGUCUUUGCUACAGGUUUCUUCGCUUGUGUGACUUCCAUCCUACGAACAUACUACACAUGGCAAACAGUUGAAACUCUCGACACAAGCUGGGAUCUACUCUUUAUGGGACUCUGGACUUGGGCGGAGCUUUCAACUGGAAUCAUUGUUGGUUGCCUUCCCGCGCUGCCCAAAUUUUUUCAACACGUUGGCCCCAAAAUCUACCGAACCAUACCUGGAACGGGACCUAGACGCAAUUCAGGCGCUGCAAUUGACACACCCCAAGUGAUUGCCCUCGCUAAAUUCAAAACACCAUUUGCUAAAUACGGCGUCGGACCGAGUGUGUCCGACUCAUCGAAUGAUCCGUACAGUCUCCGCGCUCGGCUCCAAUAG